CAUAGCCGUAAAACUCACAUCAAACCAGCUUCCAUCCCAGUGCCUAUGAUUUGAAUGGAAAGUGUCUCAAUGUAUGCCUGAGAGCUAGCUAAGAUAUUUAUUUUGCCUUCAGAUUGUGUAAGGUUUCUGAUCGUUUUGUGUGACUGCUAAUAAUGAAGGUGUCUUCGUAUAUGCUGGCUUGUGUUCUCGUGGUGCUACUGGGCCUAUGGCUUCCUAUGCUUACACACGCACAUUACUGGGAAAGUCCCGGAUGUCAUCUUGUAGGCUACACAAAGAAGGUCCGAAUACCUGGUUGCAGGGAGACUAAAGUUCAAAUGAACGCAUGUCGUGGUUUCUGCCAGUCUUAUUCCUACCCAUCAAACCUGGCUACACUCCAAAACAGCGACUAUACACAAAUCUUCACAACCCAUGGCUCAUGUUGUUCCAUCGCCACAACACACGAUGUAAAUAUCCGAUUACAGUGCUUGGAUAAUUAUGAAUAUGUAGAUACCUUCAAAUCGGCCGCAUCUUGUGAGUGUUCCCUUUGUGUAAUAGGCGACUGACGUCACUGAUUACGUAAUCGCUUUUCCCUGGACGCCAUACGCUAAACGUUGAAUUAUGUUAAUACCCUAUUGAGAUUUUUGAUUUUUCUUUCUCAUUUCAAUGAAUGUAGUGUCGAAAACAAUAUGGUUAUUUUUAGCUUUAUAUUUAAAGGUAGUAUCCACCAUUUGCUAAGAUCAUAUUUUUUUAAUAUCAUUCUGAAUUAAAUGGUAUCUUUAAAAAAAUAAGAAAUCAUAAAGUCAAAACCUUAACUUAAGUAAUAUUUAAAAUUCCACAGAAGAUGUUUCGUUAGCUUAUAGCCUAUCCUGGUCUUUUCAUUUCGCUGGUAUGAGGGGUAAACAAAACCUUAGGAAAUUUAGUUUCAAACUAAAUGAUUUCUCUUGCUUCUAUUGAUUUUCCUUCCGUCUAAUAAAUUAAAACUUGAUGGUAACCACGAUUCCAGAAAUACAAAGUAUUAAUGCAAUGAGUUAUCCACAAACCAUUAACCAUUCUCGUGAUAGGCAAUAUAAAUUUUUGAUAUUCUUCGGUAUUCCUCUCCCAGAUUAAUGCAAAUGGUAGACACUACCUUAACAAUGCUUGUAUUUUAGAAAUCUAGUUUACAUCAUUAUUAUUCACCAGCAAAGUCUUCUAUUCAUUUUCCUUCUCUGACCACACAAAUCUACGAUUGCAGCUGACUUAUAAAGCUGGAUCACUUUAUGAUCAAGUGCAAAUGAACACAUUCCUUAUAGAUUAAAGGUCAUUAUUCUUAGAGCGAAAGGUUAGGGAGUUUAACGUUCAUUAUUGAAUGAACUAUGCCACCAUUUCAGUUAUCUCUAUAUUAUACGUAUUCUUAUUAAUUACUUUCUUAUGUUUGCUGUAAAUGUGAUUAUUCAUCAUUAUACAUGACAGCACGUCAAAUAUAGAGCUACGUUUGCAUUUCUUUCGCUCUAUGAAUAAAACGAUGAUCACCACAAAACAUCACCGAAAAAGUACUAUUAUUGUAUAUUUUUAGUACACAAACAAGCCUAAACAAUAUGUGUUCCGUUGAUGAGUGUAGAUAGUAUUUAUGAGUCUGUAUUUAUUGCCAUAUUGAUUUAUGGAUUAUGUAUACUUUUUGAGGGAGAAUCUGUAAGCAAAUUGACGAAAAUUAUAAUGUUUUAAUGAGCUAAAAGUUCAAUUGAUCUCCAAUGGUUUUACGAUUAUAAAUGAUAAAGGUAGCUUAAGUUUGAUAAUUUUGAAUAAUGUAAUGCAUGUAUAUGUUGAUUGGAAUUGAUCAUGUAUGAUUAACUUAUUAAUGGGAUUACUUCAUCACAAUUGAAUACUGGUUCGCAAAUUACACUGGAGGAUAAACCCAGUGCUUAACAUUAUAAAGGCUAUAACCAACAAGACAUUUAAAGCUAUGCUCAUGUUUGCCGAGGGGCAGUAAAUGUGCAAUUCCCGUGCAAGAAUUAAGGCAAUCAUUGAAAUGAAGAUGUUUUGUUUGUCAAGAUGCAAUAUUUCCUCCCGAUGGUUAAGCAUUAGGGGGCAUUAAGAACUUUUCCUCUUCAUCAAAUGGCAAGGGAGGGGGUGGGGAGGGGGGGGGGUUAAAAGAAGAUAAGUGCACUUCUUCCACACUCUCACUCCACUAGUCGGCCUUUUCCUUUCUCGUUACAUUCACCGAUUAAAAGCCCGUGCCCCCUGACUGAUAAAACGACCACCCUCCCUAAAUAUAUUACAAAAUAAAAUCGACCACAAAUGACGAACAGAAAUCAAAAGCACAGCCAAAAGAGAGGAAUUUAACCAAUGACACUGUUUCACAUUUAAGCCACCAUACUUUAUUACUAAAAAUAAGAACAUCCAUGGUAAAAUAUUUGAAAGGGUACGAGAAUGUCCUUUUUCAUCUGUCUACAUUCGAUUGCCAAGUCCAUCUCCAAGGUUACCAGACAAUAUCCAUGAUGUUGGCAGACGACAGAUGAUAUGACCACUUUUAUUUUGAGCGGGAAUCUGUGCGUCUCGUCUGCUCGCCAACAUGGUCAAGGACAGAGGGUAUCACGUUGUAUUUCGGGAAGGCAUGGUGUCUGUAGGACAAUAUUAAGAGGAUUGUCAGGUUAUUUUAGAUUAGACAGGGCAUUAUCAAUAUUAUAGGGGCGUUGUUUUUCGAAGGAUAUGGCGAUAGAGCCGACCACUUUCGGAAAGAAUCAUUGUAUUUUAAAGAGGCAAAUUUCGACCAAGCACUGCUAACCUUUACAGGGGAAAUACAAAAAAGGAAAAGACAUGGAAAGAGGUUUAAAAAAAAAAUCCGACUUAAAGACCACACUAUCUGUAAGCUAAAACGUUACAUUAUUUUUAUUAAAUACAAUAAUUUACUCAUUACGUAACAAGCAUUAAAUAAAUAAGUAAGUGUAUGUUAAUGAUUCUAACGUUUUAGUUUGUAUUUGUCUUUUUUCAGUUGAACAUUUAUUACUUUAAAACGAGGUGAAGAAAUAUACUGCCGUCGAUAUGUUCUUGUCACAAAAAAUGUCUUAUGUAAAAAUGAUUUGAGAUAUAUAAAUUAUUGUCUCUCAUAAUAAU